ACUAAUUUCUAAGACCAAACAUGACUUAAAUGACGAAUCAAAGAAAAUUUGUAGAGUUUUUAGCAACAUAACACACAUAGCACAUAAGAAUCUCCUCAAGAAAAAUAUGGGUCUGACUAGGUAGUGUAAUACCAACUGCUUGAUGAGGAACUAGUUGAUCAGAGGUUUGAAGGUCUUGAUCCAUAUUAAUUCUGUCAUAAGCCUAUUUCAAUCCAUCUUCAUCAUUUUUCAUGGCUUAAUAAACAAAGUAGAGUAUUAUAGAGAGGAAAAAAAAUCUUAGGGAGAAUCCAUUGAAGAAGAGUACUUUUCUGCAUUGGAAUAAACAUAAAUGGCUACGUAAACAGAGCUUUGCCCUGUGGGACACAUAACACCCAACUAGCACAACAAGAUGGACAUAAGACAAAAAGAAACUGAGAAAUGAAAGGAUGGGUGUAUGGACGCGACCGAACUUCGGGAGGAAGUUUGUGAAGGUCCAUUUCAUGGAAUAUGCGUUCGAUCAUACUAGAAGAAAGCGAAAGGAAUGAAAUCUCAACCGCACGAUACACCAUCAAAAUCAAACUUGGCUAGGAAGUAAGUCUGUUAUACAAUACACUUAAAGUUGCAUUGUGAAUUGCAUAUAGAAAAUAGAGGGAAAAGGAAGGUUUCUGACGCGGUCUUCUUAAGCUACAUGGAGUCAAGAAGUGGGAUCCACUUGCUAUGCCUAUUUCCAAGCUUCUUCCAAAGUGUCUAGUCCGAACUCUCUUUCUCUCUAUAUAUAUACACACCCACAAAUGGGAGAGGCACGUAGUACUCCUAUGCUAUAUUAUAUUGACAGUUUUAUUCAGUUCCACCAUUGAGUUUCUUCUUCUUCUUCAUCCUAGUAAUAAUAGUAGUAGUGUUUGUUUAUUUGAUUCCCAAGUGUUAAGUAUGUCAGGAGGAGGAAUGAUAGGCAGGGAUUUGGAAACUUUACCGGUGGGGUUCAGAUUUGCUCCCACCGAUGAAGAACUGGUUGAUAAAUAUUUGACGUGGAAGAUACUGGGCAUGGAUUCCGAGGUAGAGAUCAUCCCUGAGGUUGAUGUCUGCAAAUGGGAGCCUUGGGAAAUACCAGGCUUUUCAGUGAUAAAAACAUACGAUCCAGAGUGGUUCUUCUUCAGUCUUCUUGAUUACAAGUAUUCAAAUGGCAGUCGUUCCAACAGGGCAACAAAUGCUGGCUACUGGAAACCCACUGGUCAGGAUCGUGACAUCUUCUCUGGCACCAACAAAGAGGUGAUUGGUACCAAGAAAACUUUGGUUUUCUAUAGAGGCCGUGGUCGUGGUGCCACCAGGACCAACUGGGUUAUCCACGAGUAUCACACAAAUAUUGCCAGCCUUCCUGCAAAUAGGGCCUAUGUUCUGUGUCGCUUAAAGAGAAAAACAGAUGAGAAUACAGAGUCUGAUAUUCCAACCCCUGAUGGGGAUGUUGCAGGUGGGUUCUCUCCAGAAAUUAACUUUAAUGGCGUGUUAUCUGAACUGCCAAUCAUUCAAGAAACUUGGCUGAUGAAUGUGGAACUUGACAAUUCAUCUACAGGUACUGGGAUUCAUCCGAAUGGCCCAGCCAACAACAUGACCUUAGGUGCUGGGCCGAGCCACCAUUCUAGCGAUAUUGCUUCUGAUAUUCGAAAUUAUCAAAUAGAGGAAAUGACUUUUGAGGAUCCUCAGCUACAAGGUUUAUUAAAUGAUAUCACAUUUACUCCACCGGGUUCUGAUUGGUUCUCUGGAACACAGCAAGGACUUGGCUUGGAUCUCCCAUCUCACAGUGGCUUUAACAAUAACUAUGGAAGUAUGCAGUUUCAGGAUGGGGUUGAUACAGAAGAUUUCGUGGAUAGUCUCAUCGUUGAUCCGGAUGAAAACCACUAUGAAGGAUUAACAGGUCAAGGGAGCUCAGCUGUUGACGGUUGGAACCUGAACAAGGGUUAUGUUAGCAGGCUAUCAGCCCGCCCAAAGGGCCCAGUGAAGGGAGUGUAUGGUAAGGGCGGUGGCUCAAGCAGUAACACAGACACUGCAGUGCUCCAAGGUUCAAUAUGGAAUUGGCCCGUUGGAAUGAAUAAAAAGGGUUCCUUCAGUUCCUCAGAGACAGCUUCUGCAAGCCAUGAGCCAAGUUCCUUACCAGGUACCAACCGGCCAGUCAUAGCCAAAAAAAUUCACACAGUGAAGAAGCAUCAAGGAAGAGAAGCAUGUAUGUUUUUUUAGCAUCAUGGAGAUAUCUUAAACUCAAAGGGUUUUGCAAGGAUGAGACUUACAUAGUUGGCCUUGUUGGUAAAUGCCUUAUAUGGAGUGAGGUUUAGUUUUUUAUGGAUGUAUGAAAAUGUAUGUCGUCUUUAAGGUUAUUUGGGUGUUACAAGCAGUUUGGAUAGUAGAUGUAACAUUGGUGAAGACUCGAGAAACAAGUGGGUUUUGGAGUAUAGAGAUAUCUUAAACUCGAGUUUGCAAGGAUACUACUUAAGUAGUUGGCCAUAGUUUGUUGAUGCAAUAUGUGGAGUGCUAGAUAUAUAUGAGUGUUAUAGGGCAGUCCUUAUCAUAGAUGUAUGUAGUGUGUUCAUUGUAAAGAGGAACAAAGCAGGUGGCUAUCCUUCUUUAUAGUACUGUCCUUAAUGACUUAAAUUUAGGGAGCUUUUGGAUUUUGUUUUACUUCAUCAUUUGGUGUCCUUAUGUAUGGUUGGCUUGUCCCUAGUGGCUGAAAGAGUGUUUUGAUUUUAUUUUCUUGAU